AAGGAGAAGGAUGGCGGCUGGAUUCAAAAUGGUAGAGCCUUUGGAAUACUACAGGAAAUUUCUGAAAGAAAAUUGUCGACCUGAUGGAAGGGAGCUGGGGGAAUUCAGAACAACAACUCUCAACAUAGGUUCAAUUACAACUGCAGAUGGUUCUGCACUGGUAAAGCUGGGGAACACGACGGUUGUUUGUGGCAUUAAAGUGGAAUUUGCAACACCAACUGUAGAUGCAUCAAAUAAAGGAUAUGUAGUGCCAAAUGUAGAUUUACCACCAUUAUGUUCAUCGAGGUUUCGACCUGGCCCUCCCAGCGAACAAGCACAAGCAGCGAGUCAAUUUAUUUAUGAUGUCAUAGAAAAUUCACAGAUCAUACAAAAGGAGGACCUCUGCAUUGAAAAAGGGAAGCUUGCUUGGGUUGUAUAUUGUGACAUGGUGUGCUUAGAUUAUGAUGGAAACUUAUUGGAUGCCUGUAUCAUAGCCCUGCUAGCAGCACUGAAAAAUGUACAAUUACCAGCAGUAUCGAUCAGUGAGGAAACUGGUUUGGCAGAAGUUAACAUGAAUCAGAAAAAUCAACUGAAUAUCAGAAAUCAUCCAGUUGCUACAUCUUUUGCAAUUUUUGAUGACACAAUAUUCAUUGUCGAUCCAACAGCAGAGGAGGAGACGUUGGCAUCAGGGAUGGCUACUAUAGUAAUUGAUGAAGAGGAUAGGCUUUGUGCUGUUCAUAAGCCAGGGGGGAGUGGUCUCUCCAGUGAAAAACUCCAGGACUGUAUUGUUCGUGCUCAAACAAGACACAGAGAAGUCCAUAAACUGCUCACUGAAGUGAUGAAGAGUGUAACACCCACAAUAAAUGUGAAAUAGUGAAGAGUUAAUCUUGUACAAUAAAUCAGUUUUUGUCUUUGAAA